AAUGUCAAAUUAUACAACAGCAUAAAAAAGUCCUACCGUGAGCAGCAGAAACCAUUGCGCUAAUUAUUGCGUGAAAAAGAGCAAAAUAUCAACGUUUCAGUGGGAUAUCAUUGAUUCCAUUCAAAAGCAAACGUUUUACACCAUUCCCAUACGUUAGCACAAUUUCGCUAAACGUACUGUGAAGGCCAAUUUUAGCGGGCAGCAUCCAUUUUGAUAACACAACCUCGCUCUAGCAUGUUUACAGUAAACACACAUCAGCACCAAAUACUUUUUCAUCUUUCCCAAAUUACGCCACGACAUAGUAAUAUUGCCUUCAAGAAACAGCAUAGACACCACCAGCAACAACAACAACAAUCGCAUCAGCAGGGAAAGGAAGCAGUAUCUCAGCUAGCGCAGCAGGAUUUUGUGCCACGCUUGAAGCAAUCACUCGUCCAAUUUUAUACCGAUGCGUUCCGAAGUUCGGUGGAACCGUCUCCGUCUGGAGCUGCGGCAACGCAAGUACCAGCGGAGGAGCUGUACCGGCUGAAAUUACCCCGCCGGCUGGAACGAAACUUGCUGAAACACUUCAGUCAGGUGGAACUGUUGGGAAGUAUCAAAGAAAACACGCCCUGGAGUUUAAACGUUACACCUAAGGUGAAAAAAGGAAAGCAUGAUGCAAUCACCGAACGUGUUUGUUUUAGCGGUGAAUCUGUGCAGAAAAUUGUGCGAAGUCUUCUGUCGCAGCAUACGAGCUGGAACGUUUCGCAACAACGCGGCUUCAAGACGGUUCGUUCCAUAAGCGCGGAGUUGAAACGUAAUCCGGCCCUAUACACGAGAAUGAAGGAUGCAUUGGGAAAUCCAGCACCACCAAUCUCGCACAAGUACGAUCCGGUAGCAUACUCCGCACAAACGAUCAGCCCUACUGCACAUGGCGAACCGCUGAACAAGCUAUUGACCGAUGAUCCGAUGUUGUCGGACGAGCAACGACAGCGGCUAAAGAUUGCUUUCGCCGAGGGCUACCUCACUGCAUCCCAUCCGGAUCAGCAGAACCGCUCGAGCAAAGCGAUGAAGUAUUUGAAAUUCUUCCAGCAGCUGCUAAUUAUCGUCGUAUUUAUCGGCAUUUUCAUUAGCAUGUUUGCGUCGCCAAACGGUUCCGUGUUUAGUAGAAUACAAAUUGGCAAUCAGGUGGAAGUGGAUCCCGAGGACAUUACCGUCACCUUUGAGGAUGUUAAGGGAUGCGACGAAGCAAAGCAGGAGCUGAAAGAGGUAGUGGAAUUCCUAAAGAACCCGGGCAAGUUCAGCAAUCUCGGGGGUAAGCUGCCCAAGGGUGUGCUGUUGGUUGGUCCUCCCGGAACGGGUAAGACACUGCUUGCUCGUGCUGUUGCCGGUGAGGCAGGUGUGCCAUUCUUCCAUGCCGCUGGACCAGAGUUUGACGAAGUGUUGGUUGGCCAGGGUGCUCGGCGUGUUCGCGAUCUAUUCAAGGCUGCUAAGGAACGUGCACCGUGUGUAAUAUUUAUCGAUGAAAUCGAUUCCGUUGGUGCGAAGCGAACCAAUUCCGUGCUGCACCCGUAUGCGAACCAAACGAUCAAUCAGUUGCUAUCCGAGAUGGAUGGAUUCCAGCAGAACGAGGGUGUAAUCGUGCUUGGUGCAACCAAUCGUCGCGAUGAUCUAGAUCAGGCCUUGUUGCGUCCCGGUCGCUUUGACGUGGAGGUGGUCGUACCGACGCCAGACUUUACCGGACGGAAGGAAAUUCUUACGUACUAUUUGGGAAAAAUUCUUAGCCGCGAAAUUAACAUCGAUCAGCUUGCGCGGGGGACGACUGGAUUCACUGGAGCUGAUAUUGAGAAUAUGGUCAAUCAGGCAGCUUUACGAGCGGCGAUCGAUGGUGCAGAAACGGUGACGAUGAAACAUUUGGAAAAUGCACGCGACAAGGUACUUAUGGGACCGGAACGAAAGUCCCGUCUGCCUGAUGAGGAAGCCAACAAAAUUACCGCUUACCACGAAGGAGGGCAUGCCAUAGUUGCUUACUACACAAAGGAAUCCCAUCCACUGCACAAGGUAACAAUCAUGCCACGCGGUCCAUCCCUCGGACAUACUGCUUACAUACCGGAAAAAGAGCGCUAUCAUGUAACGAAGCAGCAGCUACUGGCCAUGAUGGACACCAUGAUGGGUGGACGGGCUGCGGAAGAGUUGAUUUUCGGAGCAGAUAAAAUAACGUCUGGAGCUAGCAGUGACCUUAAGCAAGCUACCUCGAUUGCGGCACACAUGGUUAAGGAGUGGGGUAUGUCGGAACGGGUCGGUUUGCGUACGAUCGAGGGCCCGAAAGGGUUCGGACAGAACGAGGUUCUUUCGCCGUCGACGAUCGAAAGCGUUGAUAACGAGAUCAAGAAGCUGCUAAACGAAAGCUACGAGCGGGCAAAGGCGAUUCUGAAGCAGCACGCCAAGGAGCAUAAGGCUUUAGCGGAAGCGUUGCUCAAGUAUGAAACACUGGACGCUGAAGACAUCAAAGCAAUUAUGGGUGGAGAAAAGUUGGCGGCUGAAGAGAACUAA